UUAAGCAAGUCCCGCUGUAGGUGAAGCUGCCUCUCUCUGCCAUUCUGAAGCAGGUGUCCAACAUGGCGAACGCUCGCAGCGGCUCUCUGGCGACUAUUCUCUUUCUCUUCGUGUUCCCAGCGGCUCUUCACCAAGGAGCUUCACAGGAACCAGUGGUGAGUCAGAAUCUGGUGACGGACGAUGUGUCUGUGGUGGAAGGAGAGACGGCAAUCAUCAGCUGUCGGGUGAAGGACAAUGAUGACUCUGUUAUCCAGCUCCUCAACCCCAACAGACAGACUAUUUACUUCCGAGACAUGAGACCACUAAAAGACGCCCGCUUUCAGCUGGUGAACUUCUCUGACAACGAGCUGCGGGUGUCGCUGUCUAACGUCUCGCUGUCAGACGAGGGGCGAUAUGUGUGCCAGCUCUACACAGACCCCCCGCAGGAAGCCUACGCCGACAUCACAGUGCUAAUUCCUCCAGGUAACCCUGUCAUCGAGGCCAAGGAUGAGGUCCUCAGUGAGGGCAACGAGACAGAAAUGACCUGCACUGCCAUGAGCAGUAAGCCUGCAGCCACCAUUAAAUGGAUGAAGGGAGAUAAGGAGCUCAAAGGUAAGCCCAAAGUGGAGCUGACCUACGACAGAAUGUACACAGUUACCAGUCGGGUGACAUUCACCGUCACCAAGGAGGAUGACGGGAUCCCUGUAACCUGCAUCGUGGACCACCCUGCCGUCAAGGACUUCAGAGCACGCAAAUAUCUGGAGGUUCAGUACAAACCAGAGGUAAAGAUCAUGGUGGGAUUUCCACAGGGCUUGACAAGAGAAGGCGAAAACCUGGAGCUGACGUGUAAAGCGAAAGGCAAACCCCAACCACAGAGGGUGAAUUGGCUGAAGGUGGACGAUGAUUUUCCGUCCCAUGCGGUAAUCAUCGGAGGGGACCUCUACAUCGAGAAUCUGAACAAGUCCUACAACGGGACCUACCGCUGUAUGGCGUCCAACCCGCUGGGCGAGUCUUUCGAUGACUAUGUCCUCUAUGUCUAUGAUGCUCCCACCACCACCCCUAAACCCACCACAACUAUCAUCACUACCACCUCCACCACCAUCUUCACCUCCACCCCGAACCCUGAAGCUAGUCAAGACACUGUGCCCAGCGCUGAACCUGCAGCUCAUGACUCUCGAGCUGGAGAAGGAGCAGCAGGGCCUGUGGACCACGCAGUUAUUGGAGGAGUGGUGGCCGUGGUUGUCUUCGCCAUGCUCUGUCUGCUCAUUGUCUUAGGACGCUACUUUGCAAGACACAAAGGUACCUACUUCACGCAUGAAGCCAAAGGAGCAGACGAUGCGGCAGACGCAGACACAGCCAUCAUCAACGCAGAGGGCGGCCACACCAACUCGGACGAAAAGAAGGAGUAUUACAUCUAACCCUGAAAAGGGAACCCCCCCCACCACCACCACCCUUGCUCAGGUGUCCUUGUCGGCACUCAGAGCCGUUUUCCCGGGGAUGGGGCAGGGUUUGACAGAUUGGGAUUGCUUUUUAGUGGAGUAUCGGGGACGUGGAGGAGGAAUUUUAAAAGAAAGGCCUGGUUUUAUGCCGUUGUUUAGUCUAGUCUGCAGAUGUAGAUGGAAUGUUCUUUGUGUUUAAGAUAAAAAAAAAGUAAAAUAAAUCUUCAAAAAAAAUCUUGGAGUAAAGCAAGUUGGGGUAUUGGGGGUGGGGAUGGGAGGGUGCACCAGACGUUGCCAGAAAUCACUGUAGAGAGCUUCACCGUUUAACACCUCCCUAACUGCUGGUACGAAGUUUAUCUUUCAGUUCCACCAUUUGCAGAAAAUUCUGUGCCUUGUUCUGAAUUUUUUUUUUUGUUCUCUCCACACUCUGCAUCCGUGUUGAUCAUCAUUUGCAUCACCUUGUUGCUCUUUUUCAUCUUUUUCCUCACCAGUCGUUAUUAUCUGUGUGCUGUCGGCUUUUGUAUGAGGGUAAAAUUACACAGCCACUUUAUUCAUUUGUCUAAGUGUGUCUGCACACACGUUCGACUCCUCUCCUGCAUAGAAAACACUCUCUCCAGUAAACUGUGAUUCGUCUCAAGCCAUUCCCUCUCUCUUGUUCCUUUAAGUUUCAGAAGAAGUAAGGCAUGGUGUGCUCUAUGUGUGAUUGUACAAAAAGCCGAAACCAGAUGCAGGUUUGUUUUAUUGGUUCCACUACCACCGACACCCCUAAAAACAAAAACAGAACAAAGUAUAUAAGGACUCCUGGUCAGUUUGCCCCUUCAAUCCUCUGUUCUUUAACUUUGUACCAAUGUGUUGCAGCAGUUUUCCUUUUACUUCUAUUCCACACCUAGAGACAAACAAAUUCACAUUAAUUCACAUAAAUUGUUGGGAAAAUUCUCAAAUCUCAUUAUUGUAUUUGUUUUAAAUCUGAUCCGUGUUUGGGAUGACUGAUCUUAGUUGUUGUUUAUGGUAGAGAUAUGGGGCUUUCUCAAUUCACGAGAACGCGAGUACAUACUCGCGUUCUCGUGAAGUCCGUUCUUGGCGAGAACGCAGGAAGAUCGGACUUGACGAGAACGCGAGCACGCAAGCACGUAUGUGUAUUGGAACAGAAGCGUACUCGUGACGUCAUCACAUGCAAAGUUCUGUAGCAUUUCUUUUACAGUCAAAACUAUUUAUUCCCUACACAAAACAUUUUGAAAACAAUAUUUUUAAUUUCUAAAGCUUAAAUAACAUUAAAAAAAAUUACCGAACCGCAAAAAACCGCCAUCAGAACGAGCGGUAGUUCACACAUAACUAGACCGAGAGAAGUGCACUACAGACGGGGUAAAUUUAGCCCUGGCUGCGGUUACCCUCGGAGGUCUGCUAGUCACUCUGGUCCGCUCAGCGUCGGACUUUUUUUUUUAUUUCGCACUAACUCUGUAAACAGACCACACAGGGAGGCUUCAAUGUAUAAUGUUAUCGCCUCCAACGAUUUCAAAACGUACUUUUGAAGAACAACAUCAGCAGAAAAGGGAAUGUUUAACUUAACACUGAGCGCUGUCUCGAAUCAAGCUGCGGCCGCGGGGCAUUCUGGGGAAGCGGUCAGUCUGAAGAACGCACAAGUCUGCUCUGAUGCAUGCUCGAUAAAGAGGGCGGGGUGAGAACAACAUCUGGAGAUUUGAUGGGUUCUCGAUCUGGCGUUCUUGAGAAUUGGAACGGUACUCGGGCUGAGGCUGAUGACGUGUCACGAGUACACGAGCACACGAAAACGCUCAAGAACACAUAUUGAGAAACGCCCAUGAUCUCCUUCCCAGACACUAGACACUCUGGUUACCAUGACAACCUUAAAUUUGAGCUUUCAAAAACAUUUGAACAACUUUUUUUACCCUGACAUUGCCUCUCCCACACUCUUGAAGAACAGCUAAACCUGAAGUGUUAAGUUUAAAAUCUUAAAUAUGUAUCUAAGUAUUUCUUAUAUUUAUAAUCUUGUUUGCAAAGAUGUUUUUUUUUUUUUAUAUUCAAUUUGUUAAACUCUGAAAUGAAAGCCUAGUUAUUCAACAGCAUGAUUAGAAGUUUGAAACCUUGGAAGUGUCACCAAUUCUAGCAAGAUAUUUUAAUUUAUAUUUUUUCACCAAUGUUGUUUUCAUUAUUUUCUCUCUUUGGUGUAAACAGUGCAAUCAGAGAGUAGAAUUGGGUCAGUCAGUUGUUUGUAUUUUACCUUGGAUUAAUUCUUUUUUGUUUUACUCAGUAACUAUUACCAAAAUUAGUUUUUUUUUAAUCCAAUCUAAAGGUGCCAAAAAGCAAGCUUUGGGCCUAAACAACAGAUAUGUGCUAAGAUUUUAGCGUCAGCUGAGCUAGGCCACAAUACAAUAAGAACUGCAAAUCAAGAGACCAAGUGUUGUUCACUGAGCAGUAAGACAACCGAAUCCAAACCACAACAAGGCUUCUGCUUCUUCUGCUAAGAUCAUUCUGAGCUACUGAAUGGGGUGUAAACAAAACUGAAUCCCUGAGUUUCUCUUUUUCUAAUCCAAUUGCUGCUAAAUAUUAUUAAUCAAGAACAGGUCAUGAGAGAACAUGAAAACUGAAACAUUCAAGCCUCACUACUGUAAAUAUCUUAAACAUACAUUUUUCAUAAAAAAAAAUAUCCCUGCCCUGUCUUUGUACAUUGCAGGUCCAAACAGAACACAAGACAAACAAAGAAGCCCAUCCAAGUUCAGGGAUCAGUUCCACGAAGCAGGUGUAAUGAAAACUCUAAGUUUUCUAAACCUGAAAUCAGAAAACUGGGUUUUGCAUUUCACAAAGAGAGUUUCCUCAACUUCUGUUUCAGUCACCGUAGUAACCUGGUCUGCAGCAGUUUUUGUUCAGUAAACUCAGAGUGUUUUAUUUGGAUGAUAACAUCUGAAGCAGCUGCAAACAGACACUGUAUUUACUGUGUGAAGGAAGGUUGAAUCAACAUGAGGAGGAACCCUAUAAGAUGAUGACAAGGUCCUAUCUAUUAGAACUACAAUUUUAGACUUAAUUUUCAUAUGCUGCCAGAUGAUUUUACCUAAAUAGAUCUACCAUUUAAGAAAUAAACCUGUAAUGUAUGGCAAGCCUUUUUGGUAUAUAUUCGUUUUACUGAAUACAUAUUCCUGAAUACGCAUUCCUCGAGCAACAAUCUUCUCCUUCGCCAUCUUCCUCUUUUUUUCUUUUAAACACAUUCUCCUUCUUUUUUUUAAUUCCUUAUUUAAAUCUCUAGUUCCAGAGGGGUGAAAUAGGUAUUUCCUGCUGCCUGCUGUCAUGGUGAUUCGUUAAAUUGGGGCUUCACUGAUAAUGGCUUUUCAUACUUGUUACGCACGUGUUCAAGUCUGUGCUGACCUGCUAUGAGUUGAUUAAACUAAUGGCAGCUUUUGUGAAACCGAAAACCCAGAGUUCCCGAUCUUAGGCCAAAUCUAUUUAGAGUUGUGGAUUUGAAUCUGAGCUCGUUAAACCUGCUUUGUGAAACCCCAGGCCAAGAUGGAUGUUGUUGCCAUUUGUAGAAUACACACUGACAACUGCAAUAAGAGGUGGAUCGCAGUAAGGUGAUCCCCUGUUUAGGCUAAGGUGGUUUGUUGUCUUCUAAAUUCUCAAGCCCUUUUUGCUUUUGCUAAAUUAUUGAUAUAUUAUAAAGAUCUUUGUUUUAUUUUGC